AUGGCCGCGUCGCGAGAGGACUCUAGACCCUCGAUCAACCGCCAGACCACGGCACCCUUUCACUUGAAGCUUUUCUACCGAAGGAACAACUUCAACCAUCUGUCCGACUACAGUAUCCCAGCGCCAUCCAGUCGCGGAGGACCAGUCAGCGGACCAAAUGCCAUUUCACCUGCCGCAUCUGCAGCGCCGCUACCACCACACCUGGAGAUCUACACAUGGCAAUCAUGCACACUACGCGAGCUCUCACAGCUCCUCACUUCUGCACUUCCAUCAUUACUCCCUGAUCCGCCCGUUGGCACUCGCCUCUGCUUCCGACUGAUUUAUCCCGACGCGCGCGGCGCAGCAAUGGGCGGUCCCGAUGUCCGUGGCCGAUACUUGAGCAGGGACUUGGGCAGUGUUAUUGUGGGACCGAGAGACACUCCUCUGCGCACAGACGACGACGAAGAUACCCAGGAAACAAGACCUCGUCCUGGCCCGCUCCGGUUCCAGGGCCUCGAAGCCGAUAGACCCCUACAAGAUGCCAGGUUCAUUGUCGGAGACUACAUUGAAUGCGCUAUUCUCGCACCGCUCGAGGAUGGAUCCGUUGCGCCUGCUCUGAACGGUGCCUCUGGCCCGAUGCUGGGACCCAGAGCCGGAGGUGGCAUGCGCGCAUUCCGUGACAAUGGUUACCCGCGUGGUCCUCGGGGAGGUCCUCGUGGAGGCGGCGGUGAUCGUGGGCCUCCCAAUAUGCCGCGAGGAGAUUGGCACCGUGGAGAACGGUUGCCCGAAGGUGGCCGAGGUGGUGGCCGUCGUGGAUGGGCACCUUAUUGA